GCCUGGGAGCGCGAGGACGUGGGGUUUCUGAGAGUGCGCAGUGGGUGCGUCGGCGGCGACCCUUCGGCCUUUUUCGGGAGGGGGCGAUGCUGAGAUGGGGGCGGCGGCAGCGGAAGCGGAUCGUACUCUCUUUGUGGGCAACCUUGAAACGAAAGUGACAGAGGAGCUCCUUUUCGAGCUUUUCCACCAGGCUGGGCCAGUAAUAAAAGUGAAAAUUCCAAAAGAUAAGGAUGGUAAACCAAAGCAGUUUGCGUUUGUGAAUUUCAAACAUGAAGUAUCUGUUCCUUAUGCCAUGAAUCUGCUUAACGGAAUCAAACUUUUUGGAAGGCCCAUCAAAAUUCAGUUUAGAUCAGGAAGUAGCCAUGCCUCACAGGAGGUCAGUUCGUCAUAUCCCCAGCAUCAUGUUGGAAGUUCAAGCCCUACUUCCACAUCUCCUAGCAGGUACGAAAGGCCAGUGGAUAACAUGACCCCAUCAACACCAAUAAUUCAAAGAUCUUUUUCUUCUUCAGAAAAUUUUCAGAGACAAGCAGUGAUGAACAGUGUCUUGAGACAGAUGUCAUAUGGAGGGAAAUUUGGUUCUCCGCAUCUGGAUCAAUCAGGAUUUUCCCCAUCAGUUCAGUCACAUAAUCACACUUUUAACCGGUCUUCAACCUCCCAGUGGCGCCAAGAUACACCAUUAUCACAGCGAAAAGUCAGACAGAAUUCUCAUACCUACGUAGCGGAUAGACAUUAUAGCCGUGAACAGCGUUACACUGAUCAUGAGUCCGACCAUCAUUACAGAGGAAGCAGAGAUGAUUUCUUCUAUGAAGAGAGAAAUCCCGAUGGCUGGAGCCAUGACUAUGAUAACAGAAGAGACAGUGGUAGAGAUGGAAAAUGGCGCUCAUCUCGACACUAACAAGUGUUAAAAGGAUGUUUCCAUAGUGUCAUUCUAGGCCCUUUUUGUUGUUUCUGGGAAUGUUUUCUUUAAAAAAGUCUAUAGAGCAGCUUUACAAGUUGGCACAUUUCUUUAUAAAAUUUUUAAAACCUAAUUGCAGUCCAAUACAGAAAUGAGAAUUGUGGUUCUAGUUUUAUUACAUUAAUAACCUUUCACCUCAGGGUUUUAAGAAGAGGAAAGGGUUUUAUGCUAAAGAAAGUGCACAAUUCCUAAUCAUUUUAGACAAUUGAGGAAGGGAUGUAUUAUUUGGAUUAGUUGUAUUAUGAAGCAAAUAUUUUAAUUAUCUGUUAUCUUUUUGUAUUACAAGAAAUUUCUUGUUAGGGAAUCAGAUUUUUGGUGUAUAUAAUGGAAAACAUUCAAGUUGAUAGUCUGAAAUGACUCAGUAUUUUGUUACUAAACGAGAAAAUGUAAAUUCAGUGAUUCAUUUUACUAAUAUUUGAGAAAACCUUUUGGUCAAGUUUGGGGAUAAAUCAUAUUAUUUAACUUAGAGAACUUAAGUGUAAGUUCUGUGACAUGAUCUUGAGUUUUACUGUAAGUGAGCAUACAAGUAUACAUCUACACAUGCUAUUUCA